AUGAUUCAGGCAAGCAGGGUCAAACAACGUCGAAAAACGCCUCACACCACUAUAGAGAGGAUAAGUUCGCGGAUUCUCCCGGCUUUAGCACACACAUUUGUCUUUAGCAAGCCAAAAGAGUUCCGCCUACCUCGGCUAUGCGUCGGUGCAAUUUUCGGAGCUGUCAGCGGUGUCGGUUUGUGCGCUGUGGGUGGGGCACUCUCCACUUACUUCCGUUGUGCAGUCCUCCUGAUGUUUCCCAGUAUGCUUGGGUCCCGGGGUCGAGCCUAUAUAAUGCUUAUUGUCAUGUAUGGCCUCUACCAAGGGCCAAUCUCCAAUAUCUACAACAAUGUGCAGGAUGUGGCCUUCUCCAUGGGCUGCAACAUUGAGCUGCAGAUCCAGCACAGCAAGGUUAUGUGGAAGGUGGUGAUUGAUCCCUUCAUGCAAGUGAUGCAAAGUAUUGUGGAUGACAAAGGGAAGUUCCAGGAUGAGGCAAAGAAUAUUACCAGGAACUUCCAGAGCAUCAGAGAGGAGGUGAUGGGGGAGUAUGGGUACAACAGCCUCAACCAGGAAUCUGCUCUGAAGGGCAAGAGCACCCAAGAGCUUUUUGUUGCCAAGACUGUCCUGCGAUGUGAAUCUAUUGUCGAGCAGGGGAUCGAUCGCUGUCGGGACUGGUUCCACGCCAAGUGGCAGGACUGCAUGGACACAGUCAAGGCCCCUGUGAUCAGCCACUUGCUAUGUGCACCGAUGCAUUUUCACUUUCUUUGUGAUGUCAUGAGAGUUAUGACACCUUGGUGCAAAGAAGAGAUUCCUGUGGAGGGUAACUUUGGACAAACCUACGACAAGAUUAACAGCUCUAUCAACAGCCUGGGGCAGGACUUCAGCACAAGCCUGUCUCUGCAGAAGACAGAGCAGCAGUCUUUGCUCGGGGUGGAGGUAUUACAGGAGGAGUUCACACAGGAGCUGCGUAAAAGCUUUGAGGAGAAGAAGGUCUUUGUGGAACAGGUGCUGGAGGUGUUCCAGGUCCUUCUCUCCUGUACCUUUAUCUUGAUCUUUUACUCGGCGUUUGAUUAUGCCAGACAAUACUGCCAAGCCAUUCGCUUUGACAACAAGUACAUAACCACGUACUUCAGACAGAUUGAUGCCCGUAGGAAGAAGGCGGGCAAGCGGUAUCUCUUACCACUGAAGAAAGCCGAACGUGGCAAUUUCAUAUACCCAUGGAGUCUGUCCAUACACCCCAGCGAGCUCAAGCCUGUAACUCUAGGCUUGCUGAAGGUUUGUGGUCUGGCCCUCUUCAUUGGAAUUAUAUUGGCCACCGACUGGAUCCUUUACCACAUCUUUGACAUCAUCCGCAGGCACUCAUUUACUGAGUACUCCUUCACCAGCAGUCAUCAAAUUGAAGUCAACGUUGGUGGACAUUCUAUGCUAGCAACUCUCCUGAGGAAAACCAUUGGCGCCUUUAACACCUCCUCCAACAUAGACUUGAUGUCCAGCAAUCGCAACUGCCUGCCUCAGCCCCGGGCCCUCAGCUGGGAGGAGUACCUGUGGGCGACAGGCCCUGUGCUAAUGAUGGCCGUUAUGUGCUGUGUGCAGGUGUACAGCAAUCGCCUGCGCAGGGUCAUCUGUGCCUUUCACUUUCCCAAGCGGGAGAAGAGGCGGGCUCUGUUCCUGUACAACCUGCAGAUACAGCGGCGGAUCUCAUACCUGGACACUCAGCGCAGACGUCUGAUGAAGCGCGGGAGGCCACAGAGGAGCGUGCUGCCCAUCAUUUCCUGGAUGUUUGGGAGACUAGGCUUUAAGCUUCAGUGGUGUUGUGUUUGUGGGGAGCGACAGAGAGGGAACCACGGUGUGGAGUGCAGUGUUCAGGGUUGCCAGGUGGCCUACUGUCUGCAGUGCUGGAGAGACCUGGGCAGGGUCUGCUUUGCCUGCACCUCCUAUACUCAGUAUGACAUUGACAAGAGCGACAGUGACUCAGAUACCUAUCCAGAAUAA